UCAUGUUUAUAUCAGACAUUCAUUUUUCAAGUUGUCUUCAUCUGGUUUUAAUUAAUUUAUGUGAUUACUGUUUACCCCUAUGUGACAUAAACAUGUUAAUGUUCUUUUAGGGUGGACAUUAACCAAAACACAAUGAGUUUGCUGGAUGCGUUUCAGGACUGUCAGAAUUUCACAGCCUGUGUCAAUCAAAUGAAACAGGACUUUGACACCUUCUUGGCAUCUGUUGAUGAACAGAAGAUACAAGAUCGACUCCUAGGUGCAUCUGAGAUCUCGCACAGCUACAACCAAAAACUUCUGGUCAUGACUGACCAAGAAAAGUCAACGAAUGACAGAGUCCAACAGGAAUACAGCAUGGAUCCUCAUUACUCACUAAUAGUCAGCAAAGAAUGCCUGUACAAUGAAUCAUGUUUACCUGAAGCAGACAGCUAUACUGUAGUGAAAAUAUUUGGAAGAGUUUCAGACGAUGGACAAACUGUGUCUGGGCUUUCUGGAUCAUCACUUGCAGAGCUGGUUUUGAAACCAUCACUGGAAGCUGCACCAGUGUUCUCCCUUGAUGGAAACACAACCAGACACUUCCAGUAUAACUUCAUUCGAGUGUUGAUGGUCCGUGGAAACAAAGCAGUCUUAGAAACUAACCAGGAGAAUCAUCAGAUUUACCAGGUUAUGGAUCAACAUGACUCAGUUUCCAGUUACCGAAUUCCACAAAGACCCGUAGAUCACACCACACAGUACGAAGACCAGCAGAUCCUCAUGAUGCAAGAUGACCCUGCAGUAAGAAAAGCUGCUGCUUAUCUUUAUGAGAAGCAUCCAACAGUUAGCUCCAUCUACGUUCUUGAUAAAAACCAAAGACCAAAACUGAUCCACGGAGACUCUGUGCCACUGUCAGAGGACAGCAGACUGGUGCUGGUAGGUCAUGGAGUCAGAGACAGUUCAGGAGAGAUGAGGCUGGCAGGGCACACAGCCCAAGAUGUGGCCAAAAGCAUUGCAAAGACCUUCAGAGUCCGCAAUACAAUCAAAACAAUACGUGUGGUGGCAUGUGAGGUCGGAUCAGAUAAAACAUUUGUAGAAACCAUGCUGAGAGAGCUUCAUAAAAUCAAUAUCAAGACAGAGCUGCACUUGAGUAAUACUGUGAUCCAGGUCAUGCACACAGGACAGAAGAUUACCCAAGAAGUCUCUCUAGACGGGGUGCAAUGGCGACACAAAGAUGACAGCAAGAAAGUGGUGGCAACCCUUGAUAGGAACGGAAACGUGAUUAUUAGAAAUGAGCCUGGCAGUAGAGGAGAGCCAGUUUUUACCAAUGAAAGAAAUGUUCUAAUGGACGAAAAUCCGACCUACAGAAACAGCUGGCCAAAAGAGCCAAGGACAUUUGUUGACCAGAAUGUGUACCAAAAAUUUGACUCAGAUAUAUAUAUUAGGGAAGUUGCGAUUUAUACACUUGAGGCCUUGACCUGGGCAUUCUUUAAGUCAGACCAACCCCUUCCCAAUAAAGUCAACUUCAACAACCUCCAACAGAUUAAGGAAAAAUUUGUAAUAAAAGACCAGAAAGAGAUGACUGAUACAGUAAAGUGGAUCGAGGAUGAGCAGCAACUAAAGGAUAUUCUAAAGGAGUGUUAUGAGAUUAAAUCAGGACAAGAUGUUAGAAAUGUGAUCCGUCACUACGCAAAGACUGGAGAAGAAGGGGUGACAUACCUGAUGGUCAAUGACUGGAUAUAUUUGGUCAAUCCUAAAACUCUAUAUGUCUAUCCGGUUGGAAAAAAGCUUGACAAUAAUCAAAUGGGAAAGGAGGAAAAAAUUAAUGAAGUUAAGGGGAGUAUACAGAUAUAUGAAAGACAUCAUUCUUCAUAA